UGGGAAGAACGUUAUUUGACUGACACCAUAUUGCAGUUAAUCUUUUUCUGCAACGAGGCCAGCAUAAAACCAGGUCACCACCAUAUUCCUUCAUUUUCUUUCGGAAACAAAUUGAAAAAAUUGAAUCGGUAAAUCAAACUUGACGUUACACCAUCGCAUUUACUGGCGUCACCUAUGAUUAUUUAGUUACAUUGAGAUGUUAGAUUUCCUCAACCUGAAGAAAAGUGAAUACUUGUGUGAAUUAUGUCGUGGAAGUAUAAAAGGCGAAAACUGCACACCAAAAUCAUGUUCUCAUAUGUUUCAUAUAAAUUGCUUAGAGGAUUGGGCUAGCGAUUUUGACUGUUCUUCGGGAUUCGCCUGUCCUGUCUCUGAAUGUUCCUUAUCCUUCAGUGAAAUAGUAAUCCGCAAGACACCUGGCGCCGUGAAUUUUACGGUAACGUCCUUUAAAGAGAACCACCAAUGCCCGAUAUGUUGCGAGAGGAUUCGAAAGCCUGUUGCUACUCCGGAAUCAUGCAAUCAUGCCUUUUGCUACAUAUGUCUAAAAGAGUGGUCACGUGUACGGCAUGAAUGUCCUUUAGACCGUGGCGUUUAUGAACUUAUUUUAUUGUCUGACUGGGUUGGGGGCCCCAUAAUAAAGCGGGUUAAUGCUCCACCUGUUAAACAGCAGCCUUCAGAAACACCACCAUUGGAAUUGGACGUUAACUGUGAGGUAUGUCAUCGUCCAGAUGAUGAGGCACAUUUGCUUUUAUGUGAUCACUGUGAUAGAGGGUAUCAUACUUACUGUCUCCCAACCCCUCUCUCAUCCAUCCCAGAUGGCGACUGGUUUUGUCCAGAAUGUCUUCGUCAGGGGAUUGUUCCGCCUGAAAUAAUUACUACCGAUGUCCCGCCAACAACAACUACAAGUAGACGUGUUCGAAGAAGUAUUCGGAGAAGGUUAAUUGAUUCUGAGGCAGAGGAGAGUGAACACGAUGAAUUAAACACUUCCUUAGAUUCUAGUUCAGAAAGCCUUCAUUUACCACGUGAGCUUAGUUUUGCUGCUCAGAGGAGGCUUGAAGAGCAGGCUACUAGACGUCACCGUGGACGUCGAUUAUUGCAGGAUUUAAUCGCUGAUCUAAGUGAACGAAUAACAUCAGAGGCCUCUGUUCGAGCGCGACGCCGUCGCAGUCAACGACAACGUGUUCAAAAUCAGCUUGCAUCAGAAUCUACUAGUUUAAGUCCAUCUGGUCCAGCGCACGGUCAGACGACAAUUUGUUUCGAAAUAUCAUCUUCGACAAGUCAGCCUGUCAGUAUCCGGUUGGGCCGUCCUCCAAGUUAUUCGAACUCUCACCACAGAAGCCAGAUUCAUAAUAUUAUUCGGUCAGAAUGUAAUGGACAAGUAUCAGACAAUAAUCAGUUGGAGCCAUCCCGUAAAAGACUGCGUAUACUAUCCAGCAGUGAUUCGGAUUCAGAUGAUCAGAAUGGAAUUAUACUUCGUAACACAAAACUUACUGGUCACCGUUCUCGAUUACUACGAUCUCCUAGUGAAUCAGAAGUGGAAGAGUUUCCUGUUUUAGCGGGCCCGUCAUCCUCGCACGAUUCCAAUGAAGUUCAGGAAAGUAAUACCGUCAUCCAAACGAGUACUACCAGUCUUAAUGGGGAUGUAUGCAGAAGUAGAACUUCAGAGUCUUCUCAUAUGGAUUUCAUUCAAGAUUCCACAUUUGAAGUUACUCAUAGUAAAUCUGAUUCAGAAAAUUCUAAUUUCGAUGAAACUUUUGUUCCUGCUGUAAAAGACCCACCGAAGAAAAGUAAAACAACGAGAAAAACCAAAAGACGCUUAUCUAAGAAAACGAAAGGCAAACGUGUCAAGAAAAAGUCACUCAAAUCCAAAACAUUUAAGCGUUCGAGAAACAAAACAAUGCGUAAAAAAAUACGGAAAAUCUCCUCUUCCCUAUCGUCUGUUAGCCCGAAACCAUCAACUUCUUCCCAACUUCGAGUUCGAAACGGCUUGAUAGGAUCUAGUCUACCUAAGUUAUCAAUUUUGGGUAAAGAAUCACAAUGCGAUUUUAGACUUUUGGUCGAUGAAGAUGACGAUAAAGCAUCAAUCGUACCUUCUCUACCUAUCAUAACUACUAGUUCCGUUUCAAACAAUUCUAUUUCUCAACCGAAUCCUCGAUCAUCAACUUAUCUCAGUGACAUAGAAGCUGGACAGGCAUCAUUGUUUCGCUUUUCUACUCGUCAUAUGCAAGUAAAUCCGGAUCAUUCUAUGUCGCCUAUUCCUGUAGCCAAGGCCCCAUCACUUUCCACAAAUAAUGUCAAUACAGCGAACUCUGUAAAAACUAAAUUCCCUUCUCUGUCUACAGUUAACUCCAUCUCUUGUCCUUCUACAUCAGAUAGCGUAUCUUCUGUCUCCAAGCCUCUCAUAUCCUCAAAUUCAACUACAAACUCUCAGGUAAAACAUUCUAACAAUACGCCUGCAAAAUGUUCUGUUAUCAAUGAUCCUAUCCCAUCAACAUCUCACAGCUGCCCAAGUGAAGUUAAUCCUUCACAUUGUAAUUGGAGCUCUGAAUCUUUGCAAAGAGUAAAGUCUACCUUGAAACAUCAUUUAAAGGCAUAUGUCUCUUCUCACAGAAUAGACAAAGAAACAUGUCGUAAUAUUUUUCAACGUUCCUUGAGUAAGAUUAUCAACAAACCAUCUCAUAAGGUUACUGAUGAACGUAUUGCAAAGUUGGUUGAUGAUUAUGUUCAGUAUUGUUUGAGGCAUAAAACAUGAUUGUUAGUGCUUUUCUAAUGCAUUUUCACUGUAAAUCCCACCUAUUGUUUACUUAUUAGAUUUUUUUUGUCUUUUCAUGUUUGAAUGUAACAAAUGUUAUGAAAGUUAUUAAAUUUUUCUUUAUGAAGUUGUAAUUUUUGUUGGUAUUAAUGAUAUGCCUGGUUUACAUUACUUAUAGAAAAUAAUAUCUAUAGCAUAGUCACACCUAACAACUUGUAUACAACCUGCAACGCAGCACUCAUUAUUUUUUUGAUGAAUAGUACCAGUAGUUAUUUUGUUUCGGUUAAAUGUAAUAUAUUGUUCUGCAAUUCGUCAGCUCCUAUUAUGUUUCCCAUUUUCUAACAGAUAUAUUCAAAAGUUAAUAUACAGGAAGAUACAAGAAUGUAAUAUCUAUGAAGUAUGUACUCUAAAGGACAGAAAUUAAAAAUAGUUGGUAAUUUUAAGAUACUCGUUUCAUUUCCAUAUUAGUUUGACUAGCUUUUUUUCUAAUAUUAUUUGGAUAAGUGGCUGUUUUAAUCUUCCGUCUAUAUUUACUUAGUCAGUCAAACAAUUAUAGUCACUUUUAAUAUAUUUAUUUAUACAUAUAGAUAUCGGCCUCUGAAACAAAUUGUCACUUCAAUUACCUUAUUCACUCUAAGAAUGUUAUUCACCCGAUUAAUUAACCAAAUCCCUAAAAUCGUUAACAAAAUCUUAGUUUAAAACAAACAUUGCGAAACAAGUUUAUGUGGUUGAAUUAUUUAUAAUAAGUCCAAUUUCGUUAAGUUGAAGUCAUUCUGCAGGAAGAACAGAUUGUCAAUCAAUUUUAAUG